AUGUCCCACAUAGUCAGCACGUUGAGGGAGUGGAUCCGGAUUGCAUGGACAAUUCGCCUCAAAGGGUUGAAUGUACCAUGUCCCCAUGGACAGACUUCACAUUGCUCAUUCUCUUUUGAAGGCAACAUCGGCAACGCCAAGAUUGCCGGACUCCAAGAGAGUCUGCAUCUCAAUGAUUCGGACUGGUCUUGGGUUCUGAACAGCUUUUAUCUGUGUUAUACUGUCUUCGAGUGGACCAACCUUCUAUGGAGACUAUUUCCCGCACAUUACUAUGUGGCAGUGUUGUGCAUUUGCUGGGGUGCCGCUGCCAUGUGUAGCGGCGCCGUCCAUAAUCUCGGCGAACUUAUCGUGUGUCGGUGCCUGUUGGGCAUUUUCGAAGCUAGCUUCGGCGCUGGGGCGCCUUAUUUCCUUUCCCUAUUCUACCAACGGCAUGAACUUGGGCUCCGCGUCUCCGUGCUUCUGGGUAUGUCUCCAAUCGCGAACUGCUUUGCGUCUGCAUUGGCGUAUGGUAUUACCCAGAUCCGAAACGGACUCGAGCCAUGGCAAUAUCUGUUCCUCAUCGAGGGUGCACCCACCGUCAUAAUAUCCAUCGUGGUCUUCUUCUUCCUUCCCGAUAGCCCCGGGUCGGCCUGGUUCUUGGAUGAUCAGCAACAAAGAGAUGCAGUUGGGCGCUUGACAGCACAAGACCGCACAGCGAAAGACCGCGUGCAUUGGAAGCAAGUCUGGAGUGGCCUCCGAGACUAUAAGAACUACGUGCACAUGAUCAUACAUUUCUGUUGCAAUUAUUCUUUUGCGGGUCUGUCCAACUUCCUGCCCACUCUCAUUGAAGAUAUGGGCUACGUUUCCGUCCACGCUCAGGGCCUCACAGCUCCUCCCUAUCUGGGUUCUUUCGUGUGCUGUCUGGCAGCCGCCUUCCUGUCGGACCGUUUGGGCAACCGAGGCUUAGUAGUAGUAGGCUUCUCGACGAUUGGACUGAUUGGUUACUUGAUGCUGGCCUGUGUACAUGAUGCUAACGCAGAUGGGGUACGAUAUGCCGGGAUUUGGCUAGCUACAUGUGGAGUGUUUCCGUCUCUGGCGAUUAACAUCACCUGGUUACUGAAUAACCAGGGCGGCGACAGUAAACGAGGAGCGGGGAUGGCAAUUCUAGCAAUCUUCGGGCAGUGCUCCAGCUUCGUCAGCAGCUCAUUAUUUCCUGCAACUGAUGCCCCCAAUUAUACACGUGGGUGUGCUGCGGGCGCAGGUUUGACGGGCCUGGUGGUGGUUCUUGGCGCCGUGCUGCACUGCAAAUUGAGACUCGAAAAUGCUCGACGAAACCGGUUGUAUGGUCGGGUUAGUAGGGAGCAUGCUAUUGAUGUGACGGAGGCUGGGGACGAUGAUCCUAAUUUUCGGUAUAUCACUUAG